AUCACCAUCUCUCCAGCCAUGAUGGUAAAAAGAAACACACACAUAUAUAUCUCCAUAUUGUGAUAUUGAUAAGUAAGUUGAAACAUAUAUAACCACACCUAGACACAUAUUACAAGACAAGAAUCUGUUUAGCAAAUAAGAGGAGAAAUAGGGAAUGAAUGGUGUUAUUUCUUCUGAACCAGAUGACUCUGAGUUUGUUGAGGUUGACCCUACUGGAAGAUAUGGAAGGUAUAAUGAAGUUCUUGGGAAAGGAGCAUCAAAGACUGUUUAUAGAGCUUUUGAUGAGUAUGAAGGGAUUGAAGUGGCCUGGAAUCAAGUAAAGUUCAGUGAUUUUCUACAGAGUCCUGAGGAUCUUGAGAGGUUGUUUAAUGAGAUUAAUCUGCUCAAGAGUUUGAAACACACCAAUAUCAUGAAAUUCUACACUUCUUGGGUUGACACAGCUAAUAGACACAUUAAUUUUGUCACAGAGAUGUUCACUUCUGGUACUCUUAGACAAUAUAGGCAAAAACACAAGAAAGUGAACAUCAGAGCAGUAAAACAUUGGUGUAGGCAGAUUUUGGAAGGCCUUCUUUACCUCCAUAGCCAUGAUCCUCCAAUUAUACAUAGAGAUCUUAAGUGUGACAAUAUUUUUGUAAAUGGUAAUCAAGGGGAAGUCAAGAUUGGUGAUCUUGGCCUUGCUGCAAUACUACGCAAAUCACACGCUGCUCACUGCGUUGGAACGCCAGAGUUCAUGGCUCCGGAGGUGUAUGCAGAGCAAUACAAUGAAUUAGUGGACAUAUAUGCAUUUGGAAUGUGCAUUUUGGAAAUGGUCACCUUUGAAUAUCCGUAUAGUGAAUGCUUCUACCCUGCUCAGAUAUACAAGAAAGUUGUAUCUGGUAAAAAGCCAGAUUCUUUAUACAAAGUCAAGGAUCCUGAAAUAAGAGAAUUUAUUGAGAAGUGUUUAGCCACUGCAUCUUGCAGGCUCCCUGCCAAGGAACUCCUUAAUGACCCGUUUCUUCGAUUUGAUGAUUAUGAAUCUUGUUUGGUGCCACUAGAGAAUUGCAGAGGUUGGAAUGGAACAGGCCCCAUGUUAAGACAACCUCUCCUGAGAAUUGACAGUAACAACUCUUUGAACCAUCCUUACUCUUGUUAUAGUGGAAAUUAUGAACCAGGAGUUGACUUUGAAUACAUUCCCCCUGAUUUUCAAUCAAAUGAAAUCGACUUUAUGCCGAUUAGAGAGGGUGAGCAUUUUGAAAACGUUGAUAUCACCAUUAAGGGGAAAAGGGAAGAUGAUGGUAUCUUUUUAAGGCUUAGAAUGGAUGAUAAAGAAGGUCGUGUCCGAAAUAUAUACUUCCCCUUUGAUAUAGAAUCAGACACUGCUCUGAGUGUUGCUGCAGAAAUGGUCUUGGAAUUGGAUAUUACAGAUCAGGAAGUGACUAAAAUUGCUGACAUGAUCAAUGGCGAAAUACUAUUGCUGGUACCGGAGUGGAAUAAGGGAUCAGGUUUAGGAGAAGAAUGCACCAAUCAUACAAUUUUUGGUAACUGUCAUAAUUGUGAUUCAAAUGGUACUCAUUUGAACUCUUAUUCCCCAACCGAUCCGUGUAUAGAGAACCUUCAAGUCCUUCAUUGUUCAACAAAUAGCUAUGGUGCGGUUCAUGGCCGGUUUGAAGAGAUCAUGUACCAGUAUGAGGCAUCUGAGCAAUGUGUUACAGAAGGUGCACCAGUCGUGUCAAGUCAAUCUGCUGGCACACACUACGAAUUGAGCUUGCAAGGAUCAGAUAACGACAUUGAGCAACUUGAAGAAUUAUGUUUAAGGAAAGAGAAGAAAGUCGUCAAUGUUGACCGGGAGAGGUAUAGAAAACCAACAGGCGAUUUGGCAGACGUUUUUGAUAAUGAAAUAAGGCAAGAACUUAGGUGGCUAAAGGCCAAGUAUCAAAUGCAAUUGAGGGAGCUGAGAGAUCAACAAGUACGAGCCAUUUCAAGAAACACGAGUUUCUCAAAGAGAACUGAUGAGAAAAAAGAACGGACGAAUCAUCAAACACGUUCUUCAACUUAUAUGGAUGAGGAAACGCAGAGCAAUCUUCUUAGAAAAUUUGCUUCCGAGAGGCAUUUAGAUUUUUGCUUUGCUAAUGAUGUUGAUAAAAGUUGUGUAAACAAAAAGAUCUGUAAGUAUGAUGCAGCAGUUUAUGAUUCUUAUAGUCCAGAAGACAUGGCCAGAGGCAAGAGUUUCUACACAGAAGUUGUUCUUCCACAAAACCUUCACAGAGCUACUUCUCUUCCUGUUGAUGCAAUUUAUUUCUAAGUCCUGCUGCUCACUUCAUUAGAAAAUGUUACAAUCUUGACGAAAAAUAAAGGAUAUGGGAAUUUCUUGUA